AUGUCUUUGUUGUGCUUGGCGCUUGUCCUGAACUCGCAGAUGAAGUGGUGGUUGAGCUCCCCAUUUCUGGUCUACUUGCGUUGGCACGUGCUGCUGAAUGCCGUGAACGUGUGGCUCUUCCAUUUCCUGGCCGCACACAGGUGGUGUGCUGCUCAUAACACGCUGCUAGAGUUGACGAUCUUCACCUGGGUCACUGUGAUUGGCCAUCUCUUUUUCUGGUGCAACAAGCUCAUGGGCUUCGUUGUGAUCAAGUCUCACUUGGCUACGUUGGAGAAAGCCUUCCAGAAACCUCUCGGUUCUCGAGUUCUCGACGUUCUACUGCUGCUCUUUGCGCUGUCGCUUAUCACCGCUACCGUCCUGUACGUUUGGUUCCUGGCCCAGGGGGGCAAACUACAUGGCCUCAUCCUGGGUGUGGCAUGCAUUGAGGGAGCUGUCGUGGCUUCGACCCUCUUCGUUGCCAUUCUGAUGACCCGAGGUUUCUUUCUGGCUUACCGGGCCGCCCAUCGCCAGUGUGAAUCGGCCACUCGUGUGCCCGAGAAAGAGCUGGCCACCAAAGCCGUCCACUUCUCCCGGCGACUGGUUUGGGAGACGCCUUUCAACCUGGCAUUGGUGGCCACUGCCUUCGGCUUUCACGGCAUGUGGCUGGCGACGCUGGAGUUAGAUCCAGGCGCGAGCUACAGCGAGUUCAGCAUUUUCCUGGAGCUGGGAUUCCUGAUCAGUGCGACCCUGUCCUUGACCAACUGCGCGCGCUUCGGGCAGCUGCUGUCCUUGAUGGAGUACGAGACACCAGGUGCCCCGCGUCGGACCAGCAGUCAGCUGAAGGAGUUCAAGCGGAGUUUCAGCAAGAUCCUGACCAACAAGCUGGGGAACGAGGCUGAAGAGGAGGGUGCGACCUGGAGUACCGGGCAUGCAGAAUGGGAUUCGGAGACCAACGAUCUGGCCCGCCGAGCUAUCAGCCUAGGAGCUCUGCUCACAUUCUACAGCCGCCUGGAGGAGCGGAUGCCGCACUACGACCCGACACAGCACACCACGGCCGAUGUGGUCCGACAGGUGAUCAUCCCGAUGACGGCAGGGUCAGAACACGGCGACUGCGCCGCAGCAUGUGUGCUGAUGGAUGGCCAGACCUUGCUGCCCGACCGGAUGGUCACCCACAACUGGGCCAACAAGUUUUCCCACCUCGUGGCCGCGGUGGUUGCAGAUGCCCUGGACCUUCCCAGCUACGCAAGCGUCCUGCCACGCUUGCAGCCUGGUGAGAUGACGGCACUGAAGUCGGAGCUUUUCUGGCGGAAGAAGCUCACGCCCCUGGACGAAAAGUCGCCGUGA